UCAACAUGGGUUGCGGUAAACAAAGCGAAUUCAAACAUCAAACUUCUCAUGGACAGCAUAAUAUUGAUUCGUCCAAUUUGAAGCAGAUAAAUCAAUUUGUUGUUGCAGUUUUAUGCUAUCUUCGUGAUGGAUAUAGCAUGUCAGCAGCAGCGAGAGCAUCUUAUGGCAUAGUACUUCAGGCAGUGGAUUUUACUACCAUGAAGUGUACUGUGAAGUGCAAUCAAGAUACAGAACAGAACCAGUGUACACAACCUGUUAGGUCUAUGCUAGAAAUUAUCCAGUUUGGAGAACAAGUUAUGAGUAGUCUACCAGAGAGACACGAAAGUCAGUUUUUAGGACAAUUGAUGGGAAAAGUAUCUGAAUGGCGUUCAGGUCGGAUGCAACAGUUUUCUCAGUGUUUGUCUGAUUUUUUGAAAGAUGUCAAAAACUGGAUGUCAGAGAAACUUAUGUGUUAUGGUGAAAACAACUUACAUGGUUUUGCACAGAAACUUAGGAGGUGGUUGUAUGUCAAAACACGUUUUCAUGAUCUAUUCAAAGCUAUUGAGAGAAACUGUGAUUUUAAAGAUGUUAAAAGAUUAUUGUCAGAUCGUCAUUUAAAAGAAGGUAGUAGUGAUGAUUGUGGGAAUUCUUUACUAAUCAGUGAUUGGCUAAUAGAAUUAUCAAACUUUCAUAACUAUGAGAAUCUAAUUGAUGAUCAUGGUGUGCCCGAAUGUCAUGGCUCCUCACAGACUUUAUAUACAUCACCAAGAAGUGAAUGUGAACAGAAGACAUUUAGUUUCAAUGUUGGGCGAAGAGCUGCCAGCAAUGCAAACAACAUGGAUUCUUCACCAGCUGAUGAAUAUGAAAAAACCGAAGAUCGUGAUAUUACAGCUGCACAUGCAAGAUCAAAAAUAGAUCGACUCUGCACUCUGUCUACUACUGCUGAUACUACUACACUUAGCCAAGAGAUUCAAACUACCAUCAUAGCCAAAGCUCAAGUUGACAAGACUCCGAAAUGGAAAUAUGGCCUUGUUGUUACUAACAAUGCCAAUAGAGGUCAACAUGAAGUGCAGUGGAAUCUGUUUGUAUAUAGCAGUGAACAUGGAAGAUAUUUUGAGUUAUCUAUCUGGGUCGUGCAGUCAAAACUGUUGAUACAGCUUACAGAGGAUGGGACUUGUGACUUGUUUAGCCGAAGUUUGGAUAGAUUUCGUAUCUCAAAUCUGGAAUCUGUAGACAUCAAUAGAGAACGGCUAACUUGGUUAAUUAUCAAGUAUUUCAAGUACACACUGUACUCUGAUGCGGUACGUCAGUGGAGCAUUACACCAAACUACAAAAAUCAUCUAAACCCAGUAACAGACAUUGAUAUUAACAUUUGGAAAGCACACUUUGAACAACAAGUUGCGAAAUGUAGAUUGUUGAGAAAGUACCAAAGGACUUCGCAAGCAACACUGUCGGAUAAUCUCUGGCUAUUUCUGCCAAUUGACAUUGCUUUUGACAAAUAUAAAGAAGAUGCUACAUGUAUUAUAUGUAGGUUGUUGGAAAAGGAUCAAGGGACUUUGCAAACAACAAUGAUAGAUGAUACUAUGGCAAUUCAGCUAAGCAAAGUCUUGUCUAUUCAUGAGAUGAUUGGCGACAUUAACAAGAAUGAUUGGUGGAAAUCUUGCCAACCUGUUGCAAACACUUUGAUCAGACGCCUUAGACUAGAAGGUUUCCAAACAUUUCCUCGAUUUUUGGAAGUAGAACAAUCUAACUGCUAUCAAGUACAAGAUAAAUGGAAUAACUACUUGCACCAAGCACGUCGCAGUUGUGAAAAUGUUCAAGGUCAAAAUAACAUUUGCAAUGGAUUUCAGCAUUUGCAAUCUACGUUGUUAUUUUACAUUGGUACAAACACAAAUACAAAUUUUUCUGUGCUGCUAACACAAAUAUUGGAAGCCUAUCACACUUUAUUUGCCAUUGAGAAGGAUUUGAAGGAUAAGUUCAUUUCACCAUCCAAUGAUUUCAGACAAGGGUCUGAUCAAAAGAAGGGUAGUAUACCAAGUGACAACUUCAGAUUCGAAGAAAAGAAAUGCCAUAACUCCCCAAGUGCAGAAGGUAGCAGAGGCUCCUAUAAACCACGAGGGUUUCAGAGCAACAGAGGGAUUGAUAAGACCAAACAAGAAACAAGUCAGUUCAUGCAGAAAUCUCAUGAGGAGACAAUUGAAGAAGAAAAACAAAUCUCAUUGAGCAUUAUUGAUGAAUUGCGAGGAAUUGCAGAGAAACAACUUUCACAGCAAUCUACUGAUCAGUCAAGAACUCAAACAGAGAAACUAACAGCUGUUUCUGAGAAGGAGUCGCAUGACACUUCUAAGCUGAUUCAUCAGAACAGUGACACUGGUGGCAAGGUGGACGAAUUAGAUGGUUUCACGGGCAUCCUAUCUUUUUCUUAUAAUAAGUUGAAGGAUGCUACUCAAGGGUUUGACUCUCGACCUGUUCAGGAAGGAGGAUGUAAAAUUGGUGCUGGUAGCUUUGCUGAUGUGUUUCUUGCUCAUUUAUGUGAUGAUGAUGGUGUAAUGCAGCAAGUAGCUAUUAAAAAGCUGAAAGAGCCCCAAAGUGGUAGAAAGUCACAAUUGAGACUUGUCAAACAGCAGUUCCUUGCUGAGUUGCAGGCAAUGGAAAGAUAUCGUCAUCCAAAUAUUGUUCAUCUUAUUGGACACUGCAGUGAACUCAAACCAUGUUUGGUGUAUGAAUAUCUACCAGGAGGUAAUCUGGGACAGAAGGUGGCCAAGGAUAAUUCAUUUGUGUGGUCAUCUCGAGUGAAAAUUCUGUGUGAUGUCUCAUGUGCGUUGAACCAUUUACACACCGCUUACAAUCCUGGUCUUGUCCAUCGGGAUGUGAAGAGUGCUAACAUCUUACUGACAACUGACCUUGAGGGUAAACUAGCUGACUUUGGUCUUGCUAUGCUAACAGAAGGUGAGAAUUCACUAGCUUCAUUCUGCGUGGAAGUAGCAGCUGGAACGAAAGCAUACAUGCCACCAGAAGCUUUCAAAGGAAAAGUAUCACCCAGAGUUGACAUUUUCUCAUUUGGAGUUGUGAUGUAUGAAGUACUGACUGGCUUACCAGCGUGCUCCACAUCUAAGAAGGAAGACCUGGCGACAAGCAUGAGGGAGCUAGAAAGGAAGAAGUCAAACUUGCUAGACAUGACGGAUUGUCGAGCCAAGUGGCCUACAGAUGUAGCCAGUGAGCUUUUUCAAUUGGCCAAGCAUUGCACUGACUUUGACAGCCACAAGAGGCCAUUAAUGGCUGAAAUUCACGGAAGGCUGGAAACUCUUCAGAAAGAUCAAGACGUUUCUGAUAUUUAAAUUUGAGAUAGAUAUACCUUUGUAGCUAUAGCAUCAUCAAUUUGACUACCUUGCAAAAUGAGUAUAUCUAGUUAUAUAUAGCUAUAGCAAGUAAUUACAACUUAAUUUCUUCUUUCUGUUUUUCA